AGCAGUUGGUGUCUCUGGAAGAUGACUUUGAGCUCAGUUCCUAAUGCCCUCACUGUGUUGAGUGACUCUUCUGCUGGAAUUUGUUAACAUCUCCUUGUCCCUUUGUUGCAGAGAUCAGAGAUGACCAAGACGUACACCAAGCCCAAGGAGAUGGCGGAGCUCGUGAGCACCCAAGCCUGGAUGGACGAAACCUUGAGCUCCAAAGAUGAGCUGAAGGAAGAGGACGGCAGGCAAGGUCCUUUUGGAUUGAUGUCUGGCUUGAACGAAGAGCACGACAGCAUUGAGGAAGAGGAGGAGGAAGAGGAUGAUGGGGAAAAGCCGAAGAGAAGAGGACCAAAGAAGAAGAAAAUGACCAAGGCGAGGCUGGAGCGAUUCAGGGCCCGGCGGGUGAAGGCCAACGCUCGGGAGCGCACGCGGAUGCAUGGUCUGAACGAUGCUCUGGACAACCUGAGGAGGGUGAUGCCCUGCUACUCCAAGACUCAAAAAUUGUCCAAGAUUGAGACACUGAGGCUUGCGAGGAACUACAUCUGGGCUCUGUCUGAGGUGCUCGAGACGGGACAGACUCCCGAAGGCAAGAGCUUCGUGGAGAUGCUCUGCAAGGGCUUGUCCCAGCCCACCAGCAACCUGGUGGCUGGCUGUCUGCAGCUGGGCCCGCAGACCUUGUUCCUGGAGAAGCACGAAGACAAGUCCUCGGCGUGUGAAUCGGCCAUAUCCGGCCACUCCUUCAGCUACCAGUCCCCGGGGCUCCCCAGCCCACCCUACGGGACCAUGGAAACGCAUCUGCUGCAUUUGAAGCCUCCGACCUUCAAGAGCUUGGUGGAUGCGUCCUUUGGAAACCAUCCCUCUGACUGCACCACUCCCCCCUACGAGGGUCCCCUGACGCCGCCCCUGAGCAUCAGUGGGAACUUCUCCUUGAAGCAAGAUGGGUCUCCAGACCUGGAUAAAUCCUACACCUUCAUGGCCCACUAUCCCUCAGUCAACCUGGCUGGAGCACAUGGACAUGCCUCUCACUUCCAAAACACAGUGCCCCGCUAUGAGAUCCCCAUAGACAUGAGCUAUGAGUCCUACCCACACCACGUGGCCGGGCCUCAGCUCAACGCCAUCUUCAAUGAAUAG